AUGCUGCGCUUGGUCAGCCGUGUUGCGCGCUGCUGGAGGGUGAGGCAGCCACCACCGGGGCCGGAGCGGGCACCCUGGGGUGUCCAGCACCCAGCAGCCUUGCAGAGGGCAUGCCUCUCCAGCGCUGCUGGGACGGGUGCCUGGCCCAAGGAUGUGGGCAUCCUGGCGCUGGAGGUGUACUUCCCCGCCCAGUACGUGGAGCAGGAGGAGCUGGAGCGGUACGACGGCGUGGAGGCCGGCAAGUACACGCGGGGCUUGGGCCAGCAGCAGAUGGGCUUCUGUGCUGCCCACGAGGACAUCAACUCCCUGUGCCUGACGGUGGUGCAGCGGCUGGUGGAGCGUGGGCGCCUCUCCUGGGACUCCAUCGGCCGCCUGGAGGUGGGCACUGAGACCGUCAUUGACAAGUCCAAGGCCGUCAAGACCGUCCUUAUGCAACUCUUCCAUGACUCGGGCAACACUGAUGUGGAGGGCAUCGACACCACCAAUGCUUGCUAUGGGGGCACGGCCUCGCUCUUCAACGCAGCCGCCUGGGUGGAGUCCAGCGCCUGGGAUGGUCGCUAUGCCGUGGUGGUGUGCGGGGACAUCGCCGUCUAUGCCACGGGGAACGCACGGCCCACGGGAGGUGCUGGUGCCAUCGCCAUGCUGGUGGGACCCAACGCCCCGCUGGUGCUGGAGAGAGGCCUGCGAGGAACCCACAUGGAGCACGCCUACGACUUCUACAAGCCAGACCUGGCUUCCGAGUACCCGGUGGUGGAUGGGCAGCUCUCCAUCCAGUGCUACCUGCGGGCACUGGACCGCUGCUAUGCCGUUUACCGCCGGAAGGCAGAGAGCCAGUGGCAGCAGGACGGCGUCCAGCGGCCCUUCACCCUUGAUGACUUCAAGUUCAUCAUUUUCCACACGCCCUUCUGCAAGCUGGUGCAGAAGUCAGUGGGGCGGCUGCUGCUGAACGACUUCUUGGCGGUCCCCAACCCUGACACAGCCACUGGUCUCUACAAGGGGCUGCAGCCUUUCCGUGGCGUGAAGCUGGAGGACACCUACACCAGCAAGGAGGUGGAGAAGGCGUUCCAGACGGCCAGCCAGGAGAUCUUCAAACAGAAGACCAAGCCCUCCUUGCUCCUUGCCUCCCGCAACGGCAACAUGUACACGCCAUCCAUGUAUGGCUGCCUGGCUUCCCUUCUGGCACAAUCCUCAGCGCGGGACCUGGCCGGCUCCCGGAUCGGUGCUUUCUCCUACGGCUCCGGGGCGGCACGCCGCGCCGUCUUUUUGCAUCUCCGGGUGAGCCCCACGGGGGCGCCAGGCUCACCCCUGGACAAGCUGGUCUCCAGUCUGGCCGACCUGCCUGCUCGCCUGGACGCCCGCAAGCGCGUGGCCCCGCAGGACUUCGCUGAAAUCAUGAAGCGGCGAGAGGAGACCCAUCACUUGGCCAACCACGCUCCCCAUGGCUCCCAGGCGGAUCUCUUCCCCGGCACCUGGUACUUGACAAGGGUAGAUGACAAAUACCGCCGGGAAUAUGCCAGGAAGCCUGUCUAG